AUGGGGAGUAGGCGGACCACUGCAGCUGGCAGCAACACCCAGCCUCUACGUAUAGAGGUUGACAACCCGACCUUACGUAAGCCCUGCACUGCUGCCGCCACCGCUAGUGCCGCUCAGGUCAGCUCAUAUUCCCUCGUUUUACCACCUCCCUUCCUGCCAACAUCCAUGCACCGCGCAUAUACUCAUCACGAACUGAUCAAGCUCGCCCCCACAUUUACGCGUGCUGUUCACAGUGUGACGCGCUUUCUUUGCCGCGUCACUAUGCCCAAUCCCGUCCAACGGUCCGCCUGUGACAGGUGCCACGGCCAGAAGCUGCGCUGCUCAAGGUCCGGACAUGGAGGCCCUUGCAUCCGCUGUACAAAGGUACAAGCUGUCUGUACCUGGACCCCCUCAACACGCCGCCAGAGCGAACACCUAAGUUCGAAACCGCCAAACCUUCAAGAAUCUUCUAUCGCAACUCUGGGCAGCAGCCCCACGUACGAUGAUGGUCAUGGAAUCGAGUCCAUGACGCCGUUGAACACAUCAUUCCCCACCGUUCAGACUGAGUUCGAUUUCAGCGCGCUCAGUACAUGUCCACUGCCGGACAAUCCAACGACAGCCACCUGGUCAUGCCCGACUUUUGUCGACCUUGUCUCAGGAUUCUCGUCAACCUGCGCCCUGUCUAAUGCUUCUCCUACGGCCGAUCCCUACCUGCAAUCGGGGGAUGCCGCGAGCACUUGGCAGUAUCGAUUCAACCAGGAGUGGGCUAUGUUGUCUGCAGAACAACAAUCGCCUCCAAACGAUGGAAUUGUACGAACUUGCCCCGGUACUCAUAGGGCCAAGUCUCAAGAAACACAAAAUCUGCGACUCUCUACUAUUCGUAAGCUCUCAGAUCUCAACGUUGAAAUGUUUACACUUUCUUCCACGAUACCUAAGCCUCCGACUUCUAUAUCACAACCUCAUAGCUGGAAAAACAAAGACUUCGCGAUCGACAAGACUUUCCAGCUAUCACAGCGUUUGAUAGAAGUCCUUGACAAGCUGUACCCGCGCAAUUCAGAGUCCAAUAGUUACAUCAUGACACGUUUGCAGGAAGAUGCAUUGCCAGUGUUGGCUCCGAAUGACUCUCCAUCAUUCGAUCAGUCGUCUUUCUUGCUCGUACUUUCGUGCUACCAGCGUCUCAUUGAAACUUACCAUGAUAUUUUCGGAAACAUGCAAGCGUGCUUGGACCGCUCCAUGGUAACGGCACGCGAAGAUUACGUCCAGAUGCCUGACAUGAAAGUCGGGUCCUUCUCUGUACCUGAUUCCUCUGCGCUCCAGAUCACGAUGAUCUUACAACUGUCUAGGCACCUGUUACGUCGGAUGGGCACCAUUAUCAAGUCCCUUAAAACGAAUUACAAUGGUAGUGGCACGAAUGAUCUGAUGUCUCUUACAUUUAACGCGGUGAAUACCAGAGAGGAUGAGUUGAUUGAGACGAUUAAUAAACUUCGAAAUAGCCUUCUUUCAUUAGACAUACUAUAG